AAUACUUAUUCGAAAUAUCAGUUUCACACACCGUUUAGUUAAUGGCAAACCCAUCAUCAUACUGCUACAUGCUAAAAACAGAACGACUCCAAUACAUGUAUAUUUGGAUUUCCGAGACCUGUGUCAGAUGACACAAAAAUACUUGAUGACCAUCAAACUACAAGGAUCGGUGGUAGGUUUUACGAAUUGAAGCGAGAUGAAGCUGAAACAAUGAUUAAUAAUUAAUUAUAAUAUGAGAUUACUACUUCUGUGGCGUGCGAAUAUUGAUGUCCAACCUGUUGUAUCAGCGGUAGGUGUGGCAAUGUACAUUUCUAAGUAUACAGCAAAAUCUGAACCAUCGCAAGUCCAGAGAGCAAUAACAGAAGCACUGACUAGACUUCGUGAACGAGGAGGAAACAUUCAGCAACAAGUAUUCGCUGUACAAAGUGCUCUUCUCAAUCACCGUCAAGUCUCGGCAUCCGAAUGCGCGUACAGGUUAUGCCACCUAAAGCUGAGGGAUAGCUCAAGAAAAUGCGUCUUUGUCAAUACUUGCAAACCCCAAGAAAGGUACAGAAUGCUGCGGUUUGACACUGACUGUCCAGAACCUUUUAAAAAUAUUUUCGAACGAUACGAAAAUCGUCCAAGAAAUUUGGAAUACUUAAGUCUAGGAGAGUUCGCCGUAACUUAUGAACCCUUAUCAUCUGUUGCCUUUUAUGAAGAUAACAAUGAAUCAGCUCCAAUAAUAACGUUGUUGAACAGAAUGGGACGCAUGAAAAAGCGAAGUAAACCUGCCGUAUUACGAACUCGGUACUACACCGCCGUUUCUGACCCUGAAGCAUAUUAUUACAGUUUGCUUGUAGCUCACUGUCCAUUUCGAGCUGAAGAAGAACUACUGACGGGAUAUGACAACGCUAAAGAAGCAUUUUUAGCUAAGCGCAAUACUUUACGCCCGCUACAGCGGAAUUGUAGUAUUGAGCUCAUGAACCGCUGGGAAGAAGAGAUUCAAGAUGCUAUCCGUCGUGUCACUGUGGAAAACGCUGCAGAAUUAUGUGUAAAUAAUGUAAAUACUGAUCUUGAGCAACCAAACAUACUAGACCCCGAAACACACAUAUAUAUGGACAUUCCUGAUGUAGAUAACAAUGUUACGGACCCUAUUGAUACAGUAAUGGCAGAUGAAGACUUUUUGAGGGAAGUUCAGCGUUUAAAUAUUGAUCAAAGACGACUUUUUUCACUAAUCAGCCAAAAACUGGGGAACGAUUGUACCAACACCUCUGCACUUCGUUUGUUCAUCACAGGUGGCGCAGGCAGCGGUAAAAGUUUUACUUUGAAACUUCUUGUCGAACAAAUCCGAAGACUAUCUGCAGAUCGGCAUAGUGUGGUGAUAGCAGCUCCGACUGGCGUCGCGGCUCGCCUUGUGGGUGGCUGUACUUUGCAUUCAACAUUUUCACUACCCAUUGAAAAGGUCGCAUACCAACUCUGCGCCCAUUUUCCGGAGACAGACUGCAAAGAGAGAGAGUUAAAUGGCGGAAAAUCAACUGGCUAAUUAUUGGUGAAAUAUCGAUGGUGCCCUAUAACUCACUGAGGAAUAUUCAUAUACGUCUUCAAGAAAUUAAACAAAACUCAGAUUUCUUCGGUGGAGUAAAUAUAUUGUUGUUCGGUGAUAUUAUGCAGUUACCUUCCGUAGCGAAGACAGCAGGUGGAUCGUACUGCUUCAGACAACGGCCCCAAGUCUGCUAUUUUACAUGAUUUGUCAUUGAAGUACAAUG